UUUCAACUUCAGAACUAUCAUUAGCAGAAGAAUACCACUUAAAGUGCCCACCAGGUCAGGGUCGUACGAGAUCCAGCACCACACGCACGACUGCCUGAUUAUCGGCGCGGGCGGCGCUGGUCUCCGCGCAGCCGUGGGGCUGGCCCAGCAGCAGUUCUCCGUCGCCAUCGUCAGCAAGCUGUUCCCGACCAGGUCACACACUAUAGCAGCACAGGGCGGAAUGAACGCUUCGAUCGGUAGUAUGCACGAAGACGAUUGGCGGUGGCACUUCUACGACACAGUCAAAGGAUCGGAUUGGUUGGGAGAUCAGGACUCCAUUCAAUACCUAACACAACAGGCCCCCAUCGUAGCAUUCGAACUGGAAAACAUGGGAAUGCCGUUUUCCAGGACGCAAGAAGGGAAGAUCUACCAGCGGUCCUUUGGAGGAGGCAGCACCCAUUUUGGGAAGAAGGUGGCUAAAAGAACGUGCUGUGUUGCAGAUCGUACAGGCCACGCUCUCUUGCACACCCUGUAUGGAUACAGUACGAAGUUCACGAACAUCGACCUGUUCUCCGAGUUCUUCGUCUUGGACCUGCUCAUCCAGGAUGGCGAGGUUGUGGGUGCCCUGGCGUUGGACAUGGACGACAGCAGUCUUCACAGGUUUCAAGCCAAGAACACGGUGGUCGCGACUGGCGGGUACCCUCGAAUGUGGUACUCCUGCACCGCCGCACACACCUGCACCGGUGACGGCUGCGCCAUGGCCACGCGGGCCGGAAUACCGCUGCAGGACAUGGAGUUCAUACAGUUCCAUCCUACUGGCAUGUAUGGCUCCGGCUGCUUGAUGACGGAGGGUUGCCGCGGGGAAGGCGGCUACCUGGUCAACAGCGAGGGCCAGCGAUUCAUGGAGAAGUAUGCGCCCAACGCCAAGGACCUGGCCAGCCGGGACGUGGUCUCCCGUUCCAUCGCCACGGAGAUACGGCAAGGCCGCGGCGUUGGUCCAAAGAAGGACCACAUGUAUCUCCAGCUGCACCACCUGGCGCCAGAAGUGAUUCAUGAGAGACUUCCCGGCAUUUCGGAGACGGCGUUCACUUUCACUGGCGUCGACGUCACGAAGGAACCCGUCCCCAUCAUCCCAACCGUUCACUACACCAUGGGGGGCAUCCCUAUCAACUUUAAAGGAGAGGUGGUUAUGUUCCAAGAUGGCUCGGACUGUGUAGUGCCGGGUCUGUACGCAGCUGGCGAGGCCGUCAGCAACUGUCACGGCGCCAACAGGCUGGGAGCCAAUUCUAUCCUAGACAUCGUGGUCUUUGGGAAGGCCAUCUCCAUCGAUAUUGGAAAAAAGAACAAACCUGGGGAAAAGCAGAUGACUCUGAAAGACAACCUGGUCGAGUCAAGUCUGGACAACCUGGACAAAGUACGAAAUGCAAACGGGUGCGCGCCCACCUGCGAACUACGCGAGGGCAUGCGCUUCACGAUGCAAAACAAGUGCGGCGUGUUCAGAGAAGCCAAACUGCUUGAUGAAGCGAACACAGAAAUCCAAAAGUGGUACAAGACCUUCGAAGAGAUCCGAGUGUCCGACCGUCGUCUGAACUGGAACAGCGACCUGGUCGAGACGCUGGAGCUGCAGAACAUGCUGCAGACGGCCGUGCAGGUGGUCGCGUGCGCGCGCAACCGCACCGAGAGCCGCGGCGCGCACUUCCGCGACGACUUCCCCAAGAGGGAGGACGAGAUGGACUACAGCAAGAGCACAGAAGGACAGACAAAGAAGCCUCUCGAGCAGCACUGGCGGAAGCACAGCACAUCCUUGGUGGACUUAGCCUCGGGGAAGGUGACCAUCGGGUACCGACCGGUCAUCGACAAGACCCUCACUGCUGAAGUGGAGACCAUUCCACCAGUGCCGAGGGUGUACUGAGGCGAGUACGUCUUACUUGGUUCAAGUACUCCACCAAUUUCCACCAAGGCUCGAGUUCACCAAUUUGUUCAAUAGAACAGUCUUUGUCAAUGAGAAACGGCUAGUUUUGUUGCGAUGUUGAUAAUGUUUUUCUUCGGGACUAUGAUUUUAAAUAGAGUUCCCAGUCUGUUGCUCAUGGAUCCUAGUAAAAUUAAAAUUGGUAGAUUCAUUCAAAGUUGAAUUUAAUAUG